CCAUACAUUCUACCACUCUGUCCCCUGGUCACUCCCACUUUGGCCAUACUUGUUUCAUUUCUGAUCCUCAAGCACACCUUGCUGUUUCCUGCCUCAGGACCUAUUCCCUUCUCUUGGAAACUCUGGUUAGUUUUUAAUCCAUCAGGUCUCAGUUCAAAUGUCAUGACUUUCCAGAGCCUUCCCUGACCACCUCGGGGAAAUGUUACCGUUGCUCUUCUGCCAACAGUUAUUUUUAAUCAUGCACCUGGUUUUAUUUUCUUCAGAGAGCUGAAAUUUCCUUGUUCAUUUAUUUAAUAUUAAUAUAGAACAUUUGAGCACUUACCACAAGCACUUUUCAUAUGUUAACUAGUGAGGUGGUAUGCUGCUUAAUGCUUACCAACUGGCUCUCAAAACCAAAAUGCCCUGAUUUGUAGUUUGUUGAUUUCUGUAGUGUAAACACUCCCACCAGGGCGGAUUACAAACUAUCAGCUUGAGGUCACUGAACCCUUAUUUGGGAAGAGGACAGUGACAUAUCAUUAUAUAGUAUUUCUGCCACAGACUUAGGGGUAAAUAACCUCAAGAGCACAGAUAAAACUGUAAAAACAGGUAAAAUAAUCAGGAAGGAACGAGUUUUGAAUAUUCUUUGCCUUUGUUGUUAACUGAUUUAAUUGUAAACUUACAUCCUUUAAUUCUUAAUAACGGCUGUUUAAUAACUGAUUAGCAAAAUCUGUAAACAUUUCUUAAUCGUCUCAAGCGAGCCUGUACCAGCUAACUCCAGUACAUUUUUCAGAGCUGAGGUACAGAAAGGUUAAGCAACUUGUUCAAGGUCACAAAGCUAAUAAGUCUGUCUACUACUACUCCAAAAUGUAUCCUUAGAAACCAAUAUAGUGCCAAGCCUAAAGCUGGCGUUUAAAAAACAACAGUAGAAUAAAUAAAUGAAUCAACAUUUAGUACUCUUUAAAGACAUAAAAGGAAAUAUUUUACAAAAAAAAAUACACAUACGAGUGAACUAGCUUUUAAACUCGCUCACAAUCCUAGAAGAAAACUGCUCUCGGUCCAUUUUUAACAGCGCUUCAGCUCCCGCGCGGUUUUGCAGUUCACUUGUUCUUGGAAAGGGCGUCGCCCAAUGGUUUAAAAUAAGUUUGAGCCGCCUCGCUGUCCGUCGUCCCGGUCGGUCUCGCCGCAAGGCUUCCUGGGGAUGUUAGUCCCCAAAUUUCGUAGUUCCAGGGGCAGCUGCGGCGUGCGCCGGACCGGAGGACUACAGGGAGUGGCGCGCAGGUCGCAGGGCUUUUCCGCCUCGCCUUUCCCUUCCCGCCUGCGCGCCCGCCCCAGCUAUCAUGGCGGCUCCCUUAGCCGUGGUGCUGGUGUUGGCUGUGACCGUGCGGGCGGCCUUGUUCCGCUCCAGCCUGGCCGAGUUCAUUUCCGAGCGGGUGGAGGUGGUGUCUCCCCUGAGCUCUUGGAAAAGAGUGGUUGAAGGCCUCUCACUAUUGGACUUGGGAGUGUCUCCGUAUUCUGGAGCAGUAUUCCAUGAAACUCCAUUAAUAGUAUACCUCUUUCAUUUCCUGAUUGACUAUGCUGAAUUGGUAUUUAUGAUGGCUGAUGCACUGACUGCUAUUGCCCUGUAUUUUGCAAUCCAAGACUUCAAUAAAGUUGUGUUGCCCAACCUUUUUUCAUUCUCAAGACACACCCAUGAACUUGUUGGGACACACCAGGGGAAGUUUAAAAAGCAGAAACUCCUCUUAGAACUGGACCAGUAUGCCCCAGAUGUGGCCGAACUCAUCCGAACCCCUAUGGAAAUGCGUUACAUUCCUCUGAAAGUAGCCCUGUUCUAUCUCUUAAAUCCCUACACGGUCUUGUCUUGUGUUGCCAAGUCUACCUGUGCAAUCAACAACACCCUCAUUGCUUUCUUCAUUUUGACCACAAUAAAAGGCAGUGCCUUCCUCAGUGCUGUUUUUCUUGCCUUAGCAACAUACCAGUCUCUGUACCCACUCACCUUGUUUGUCCCAGGACUCCUCUAUCUCCUCCAGCGGCAGUACAUACCAGUGAAAAUCAAGAGCAAAGCCUUCUGGAUCUUUUCUUGGGAGUAUGCCAUGAUGUAUGUGGGAAGCCUAGUGGUAAUUGUUUGCCUAUCAUUCUUCCUUCUCAGCUCCUGGGAUUUCAUCCCUGCAGUCUAUGGCUUCAUACUUUCUGUUCCAGAUCUCACUCCAAACAUUGGUCUUUUCUGGUACUUCUUUGCAGAGAUGUUUGAGCACUUCAGCCUCUUUUUUGUGUGCGUGUUUCAGAUCAACGUCUUCUUCUACACCAUCCCCUUAGCCAUAAAGCUAAAGGAGCACCCCUUCUUCUUCAUGUUCAUCCAGAUUGCUGUCAUCUCCAUCUUCAAGUCAUACCCAACAGUGGGGGAUGUGGCACUCUACAUGGCCUUCUUCCCUGUGUGGAACCAUCUCUACAGAUUCCUGCGAAACAUCUUUGUCCUCACCUGUAUCAUUAUCGUCUGCUCCCUGCUCUUUCCCGUCCUGUGGCACCUCUGGAUUUAUGCGGGAAGUGCCAACUCUAAUUUCUUUUAUGCCAUCACACUGACCUUCAACGUUGGGCAGGUAAGUGUUGAGAGUGGCAUGGGGACAGGGAUUCAUUUUGUAGCCUCCGGCAUUCUAUCAAAACCACCCUGGGUUCUGCAUACUAGAGGUUUGGACAUGUAUAAGGAACAGUUCUCCCCUCAAAUAGCUCACAGUCCAGUAGAGAAGAUAAGGAAGUUAAGAGCAGUGGGACACAGAAUCUGGUUAAAGUUUAUUGGGCACUGUGCCGAGCCAUUACUUCCUUGAAUUCUCACAGCAAUCCUAUGAGAUAGAUAGUGUUGUUUCUGUUUUACAAUUGGGGACCUGAAGCUUAUGUAGGUUGUCUCUUGCCUAGCGUCAUUGGAGGAGCCAAGAACCAGAUUCAGAUAAGGCUUGAUUUCUGAGCCUGCCAUCUUUCUGUAACAGUGCUUGGUGUGCGUGGUGCCCACAGUGAGUACACCAUGUGAGGGUGGGAGAGGGCUUGGCCAAGGAGAGGAGAAGCUUUCCAGACUACAGGGACAGCAGGAGCAAAGGCAGGGAGGUGAGAAAUGGUGUAGCUGUUGGGUAAGUCUGGAGCGCAGACUGUGAGGCCGUGGGUAGUCGGGGAGGAGGCUGUGGGAGUCAAAGGAUGAGGAGCACCAGCAAGGAGGUUAGACCUCCCUCUGACCCGGAAAGCCUCUCCCUUGACUCCAUAGAGCAGUGGUUCUCAAGCAUCAGAAUCACCAGGGGGAGCUUGUUAAAAACGCAGAUUCCCUGAUCACACUCCCAGAUAUGUUGAUGGACUCCAUGUGGAAUAUGGGGUCAGGAAUUUGUACUUUUAACAGGUUCUCCCAGAGAUUCUGUUGCAGGUGGUCUAGCAAAUCCCAUGUGGAGACAUCUUUCCCUCUCGCUGCUUCCUUUCAGGUCAGGCUCUGUCCUCAUUGUCAAGGUCUCUCUGAGAAUCAGUUGUACUGUUUCCCACUUCUGUUGCCAUUACCACAGUCAGGCAUUUCCUGUACUUAAUGGAUUGGAUGGGAAACAGGGAUAGCUGGAAAAACUAAUGAUGCCAGUGGAUAAUCCCCAGGGAAACUCUUGCCUCCAAGCUUAGCUACUGGGAGGGAAGAAGGGAGUUAAGGCUCUUUCAAUGAGUGAGGGGACUGGUAUUUUCUGGUAUGGACAUUCCUGGAGAAUUAAUGUCCAGCCCAGCCAUUUAUAUUGGUUUGUGAAAAGCAGGAAGAGAGGUGGCGGGCCCUAUAGCCUGAGUGGGACCAGGCCAGAGUGCCUAUUCUGCCUGUCCCCUGGUGGUUAUAGAUGGUGAAUGCUCAGCAGCUCCUACCUAUGUCCCACACAGACAGCAGUCCUCAGGGUUCAACUUAGUAUCUUGACGGACUCCAAAAGGCUGUACUGGCUGUUCUGUCUUGCGGGAAUCCCUCUUACUUUUUCUUUGACAGUAAUGACUGGGAUGUGAAGGCAUUGGGCCUAGACAUGGGCUUCUGGUGAGGUUGGUGAGCUCCACCUAAGAAUUCUGCAGCCUGUUGUCAUGUCAUGAGUCUCAAGUUUGGGUCAGGAAAUACAGUUGCAGUGGUGAUGAAGCAUUUGUGGAACUUGCCAGAAAACAGCCCUUCCCCUGUGGCUGCCUUUAUGAGAGAAGGGUCUCUGUAAACAGCAUGGGGGAUGCUGUGUUAGGUGCUGUUGAAGGCAGGAGAAACUGAGUUGUUGGAAAAAGAGAGAUUGUAGUUGGGGUGGGGACCAAAGGCCAGGGUUGAGUGUGUUAGUGGCCAAGCUAUGGAGAAAAGUUGGGCUGAAUCCUUCGGGUUGUCUUUUGCCUUUUAAAAAUCUCUUUUUAAAAUUUAUUUUUAACCAUUCAAAUAAUACAUGAAUUCAUUAUUUUGGGGGGGAAAGAAUUUAAACAAUAGAAGAAUAUAGGAAUGAAAGUGAUUGCCUGAGCCCCCAUUCCUCCCCAACCCCAGGGCAGAUGUGGUCAUUGGGAUCAGUUUGUAUUUUCUUUCCAUCUUUUUCAUUGUUGUUGAUUUUGUGUUUGCUGAGUCUUUACGUUUUUCAUUUGAUUGUGUAAGAUUAGUAGUUUCCUUUGUGGUUACCUUAAUAUUUAACCCUGUUUUUCUAAGUUUAUACCAGUUUUUUAUUUAUUUAUAUCGCCUUGACUUCCUCUCCAUAUGAAAAAUCUAUGUCUGCAUUUUUUAAGUUGCUCUUUUUUGUUUUAAUGUUGUCAUCUUUUACAUAAUUGACGUUGCUGAUUUCUUAUUUUCGGUGUUUUAGCUUUGAUUUAUUUUUGUGACUUCCCUGUC